AUGAGUUGCUCAUCGGCAUUUUCCAUAAUAUUUAGUGUAACAUUCGUGGUUUUUCUCUUUGGCGGUCUUUGCAAGGCUAAUAGUGUGGUACAGGUGGACAUCAUUAAUGAUAUUGGUUCAAAUAUUCAAUUGGGACUACACUGCAAAUCAAAGAACAAAGAUCUCGGAUCACAAUCUUUAGCCCAACAUCAACAUUGGGGGUUUAGAGAAAAUAUUAAUUUUUGGGAUACAACUCUAUUUUUUUGUCAUUUUGUAUGGGAAAAUCAAUCUAAAUGGUUUGAUAUUCUUGUAGCUAAAGAUAUAGAUAUAUGUGAACAUCUUCCGUGUGUUUGGAGUAUAAGACCUAGUGGUCCAUGUAGAUUAACGGGUAAAGAAACAUGUUUCCCAUGGAAGUAAUGUAAUAUAGGAAU